AUAACAAAAUACAUAACAGAAGGAAUAUAUAUAUAUAUAUAUAUAAUCGAAUGCGUAGUACUUAUAUACCGCGUAUAUAAUUCCACAUCAACAUGGCAGAAUCACACCCUCCCCUUCGCCCCAUCAGGCGGCUUCUUAUUGUUAAUAGAGGCGAAAUUGCAAUCAGAAUUCUAUCUUCUGCCCGCGAACUCAACCUCGAAACGUAUACCCUGUACACCGCAGAUGACACCUCCCAUACCCUUCACUCGACGCACGCCGUCUCGAUUCCAUCUCCCUCAACAUACCUUGAUAUCACUGCCCUUAUCGCCAUUAUCAAAUCCCACAACAUCGAUUCCGUCCACCCUGGGUAUGGCUUUCUCUCCGAGUCGGCCGAGUUUGCGCACCGAGCAUGGACAGAGGCGGGUACAGUUGUCAUCGGCCCGGGAUGGGAAACUCUCGCCCGGACUGGAGAUAAGCUUGCCGCACGUCAAUUGGCGGAGGAAUGCAAAGUCCCUGUGCUGCCUGCGCUACAGACGCCGACUAAUAAUGUCGAGGAUGUAAGGCGGUUUGCAGCCCAAAUAGGCUGGCCUAUCAUCAUUAAAGCCGUUGACGGCGGAGGCGGAAGAGGCAUACGCAUUGUGAGAGAGGAAGGCGACUUGGCGGGGCUAAUGGAAAGGGCGCUGCGAGAGAGCCCACAGGGACUUGUAUUUGCUGAGAAAGCAGCUGUUGACGGUUACCGGCACGUGGAAGUGCAAAUUGUAGGCGAUGGAACAGGAAAUGUCCGACAUCUAUGGGAGCGAGAGUGCUCCAUCCAGCGGCGCUUCCAAAAGGUCGUCGAGUUCGCACCGAGCUCCAUUAGGGACCGAGCAGUGGUUGGACGCGUCAUCGAAGCCGCGAUGCACAUGGCAAGAAAGGUGUCCUACCUUUCCCUCGGCACCUUCGAGUUCCUCGUUCACAGCUCCAAUCCCGAGCUCUACUUCCUCGAAGUCAACCCGAGAUUACAAGUCGAGCACACCAUCACGGAAUCCCUCUGUCCCGGCCUGGAUCUUGUAAAGGUUCAACUGUGUCUCGCCGCAGGACAGGAACUCGACACUCUCCUCCCGAAUAUCUCUCGCGAUCCCCUAAUCCCUCCCCCACUUCACUCCAUCCAGCUCCGCAUCACCGCCGAAGACGCUACCGCAAACUGGGCACUUAACACCGGAACCAUCACUUCCCUUUCCCUCCCCUCCGGAAACGGUAUUCGCGUCGACCAUCACCUCACUCCCGGCCUCGUCGUCAAAACCGACUUCGACAGCCUCCUCGCCAAGAUCGUCAUCACCGCAUCCACCUGGACAGACCUCGUCGCCAAAGCCAUCCGCGCCCUUAAUGACACCCACAUCAUAGGAGUCAAGACCUCUCUCCCAGCCCUCCGCGGCAUCCUCGCACACCCCGCCUUCACAGCCCAGGCGUGCGAUACCCAGUGGCUCGAGAGCAGCCUCCCUGCCCUCCUUGCGGCAGGUACAUCCAUCACCGCCUCCCUCCCUAGCCCGGCCACCCUAUCCGCAACUCCCGCAUUUGCGCCAUCCUCUUCGAGCGCCCCUCUCCGUAAAGGCGAUGCCUGGUCCCUAACUCUCACCCCCACAACAACCUCAACAUCUGCCUCCACGCCACCACCAGCCCCUGCGCACCUCCUCCUCACCAAACUCCAUCGCAAUGAUUUCCCCUCGUCGCUCACUGCCGAUAUCCUCUUCACACCACCCUCUGCACCACCGAUGUCGUACACCCUUGCCCUGACAUCCACCGCCGCUUCUGCUGGCGCCCUAACCUCCACACACCGCCGCGGCGAGGCAGGUAACGCGCGACACAUUGUGUUCCCAUUCCCCGGGCAGCUCGUGGAGCUUCUGGUUGACGUUGGAGAUCGUGUGGGGAAAGGGGAUGUGGUGGCGGUGGUUAAACAGAUGAAGAUGGAGCUGGAAAUUCGGGCAGGGAGGGAGGGGGUGGUGGGAUGGGUAUUUGAGGGGGAAGACGGUGAUGAGGUUGGAGAGGGGGUAUUGGCUGUGGAGUUGGUUGAGGAGGAGGAGAGGGCAAAGUUGUGA